GGGUCGGUCUAUAAAGUUAAGCCCCUCGCUCCCUCUUUCCUCAUCUGUCUAAACAUAUAUUGUGCAAGACAUUUUUAAAAAAGUUAUGGACAUCUAUUCCUAUCAUCACUUCAUAUUCAUGCGCCUGCUUUUCCCUUUGAUCGCAUGCCUCCUUCUCUGCUUACUCCCUCUCUCUUUGUCUUAUAAUCAGCUUCCACUUUGCCAUCAAGAAGAGAGGGUAGCUCUGAUGCAAUUCAAGGAUAGUUUUAUCAUAAAAAACUACCCUUUAUAUGGAUACUAUCCUAAGGUUGCUUCAUGGAGAAUAGAUGGAAACAAUACCAAUUGUUGUGCUUGGGAUGGGGUUGAAUGCAACCAAGACACGGGUCAUGUCAUCGCCCUCAACCUUAGUAUGAGUUGUCUCUUUGGUUCUAUCACCUCCAACAGUAGUCUCUUCCGCCUUCUUCAUCUUCAAAACCUUACUCUUUCUUAUAAUGACUUCAAUCACUCCCAAAUCCCAUCUGAGAUUGGUAAUCUUUCAAGCCUAACACAUCUAGACCUCGUCUACUCCUACUUUUCAGGACAAAUCCCCUCUGAAAUUCAAUACCUAUCCAAGUUGUCUUAUCUUUGGUUGUCUUCUUCUUUUGAUGGUUAUAAUGAUUUAUAUACCGAAAGUCUGACAAGUUUAGUGCAAAAUUUAACCAACCUUGAAACACUUGUGUUUAAUGGUAUCAACACAUCUUCCACUGUACCUGAAAGCCUGGCAAAUAUAUCAUCUUUACAGACUCUUUAUCUGGUUAACUGCGGACUGUAUGGGCAAUUCCCAACCAAAAUAUUUCACCUACCACACCUACAGGAGCUAUAUGUUUCAGCCAACGAAGAUCUCACAGGUCAUUUGCCCGAAUUUCACACAAACUCUCCUCUCGAGUCUUUAUUUCUUGCCAGCACAAAUUUCUCUGGUAAUCUACCAGUUUCAAUUGGAAACCUUAAUUCCUUAACUACCUUGUCAAUUUCCAAUUGUAAUUUUUCAGGAACCAUCCCAAAUUCGUUCAGUAACCUUACCCAACUCACUUACCUAGACCUUUCACAAAACUCAUUCAACGAUUUGUCGUGGCUCACCAGAGCUAGUUCAAACGACAUUCUUCCACAAUUUUAUUUUUUAGGAUUGGCUCAUCUCAAGUACUUAACCAAGUUCCCAGAUAUAUUACGAAACCAAAGUAAAUUGUUUUCGCUUGAUCUAGAAGGCAGCAAUCUCCAAGGCUUGAUACCCAAAUGGAUGCAUAAUGAUACUUCGCACAAUGGGAUGCCAUGAAGUCCGUUGGUGCAAAGAAUUUACAAUACAUGGGUGACAGGGUCUACUAUUCAAUUAUAAUAACGAUAAAAGGUGUGGAGUUGGAGUAUAAGAAGAUCCAAGAUGGCCUCAUAGUCAUAGAUUUCUCAUGCAACAGAUUUGAAGGAGAUAUUCCUGAAAUACUGGGGAAUCUAGAAGGACUUCGUGUGCUGAACCUUUCCAAUAAUGCUUUCACUGGUCAUAUCCCAUCAUCCUUUGCGAACUUGACACAGCUAGAAUCAUUAGACCUUUCUCAAAACAAGUUGUUUGGAAAGAUACCUCCUGAAUUAGUCCAGCUCAAUUUCCUUUCAAACUUUACUGUGUCACAUAAUUGCCUCACUGGACCUAUACCACAGGGGCAACAGUUUGGAACAUUUCCAAAUACUUCAUUCGAAGAUAAUCGAGGAUUGUGUGGAAGGCCAUUGUCCAAGAGCUGUGGAGAUUCUGACAUUUCAACACCUCCACCUUCAACCUUUGAAGAGAAUCGGAGUCCAAAAUUGUUCUUUGAAUUUGGUUGGAAAGUAGUUGUGUUGGGAUAUGGAUGUGGAUUCGUAUUUGGAGUUGUUAUCGGGCACAUUGUGACAACCAGAAAGCAAGAUUGGCUCAUCAAGAUUUUUGGCAAGAAGCAACGCCAAACUCGAAUAAGCCGGGUGAAUCUUCAGGUGAAUCGUAGGAAGUAGUAAAUAAAACAUAGUCAUGUAAUAUGUUUUCAAAAAGAUACAAAUGUAUCAUUUAUGCUUUCUA